AUCCAUCUACGAGCGUCGGCUACCGAUGUCCGCCGCGGCGGCGACAGAGUCAACAUCCGGCGACGCAGAGAUGCGCACGUUUCGGCGCUCGCCGAGGGAAAAGGGACGCCGCGAUCGUGACUUUGGGACAUGAGAGCGACAAUGAAGCCCACCAGCCUACACAGCAGCACCUGAGGAGCACGUUCGCUUCCAGCACUACGUUUUACAAGGAAUUCGACCGGUUUACUUGGGAUUUACCUAGGUUUCGGUCUUUGGUCCUAAAGUUUAUUCUGAAACGAUCGAAAGGCUACCUUUUCUACUAACGAGGUAAAAAUUAUUCAUUCCUUAAUUUUUGGUGAAGAUAGACUAUCGUUAAUACUAAAAGUAUUUCUCUUUUACGUAUAUUGACUGAAGAGAUUCGCAAUAUCUAUAGUUAAGAACACAAGAGCCAUGUCAUCAGGCGCAGGUUCCAGUGGAACUGGCCGGGGGCGUGGUUCAUCACUGGCAGACAAUAAGCCAGAGAGCAAAGAAGCGAAGCCUAAUCCAAAGAUGUCAAAAGCUUUAGGAACAUCCGCCAAAAGGAUACAAAAAGAAUUGGCAGAAAUCACAUUAGACCCACCACCAAAUUGCAGCGCAGGACCUAAGGGAGACAAUUUAUAUGAAUGGGUGUCAACAAUACUUGGACCUCCUGGUUCAGUUUAUGAAGGAGGAGUAUUUUUUUUAGAUAUACAUUUUUCUCCAGAAUAUCCUUUUAAACCUCCAAAGGUUACAUUCCGGACACGAAUCUAUCAUUGUAAUAUCAACAGUCAGGGUGUAAUUUGUUUAGACAUAUUAAAAGAUAAUUGGUCUCCUGCAUUAACUAUCUCAAAGGUUCUAUUAUCCAUUUGUUCUCUCUUAACAGACUGUAAUCCAGCGGAUCCUUUAGUAGGAAGUAUAGCAACACAGUAUCUACAAAAUAGAGAAGAGCACGAUCGCAUAGCACGGCUUUGGACUAAGCGUUAUGCCACAUGAAUAACUUUGAAAAAAGUUGACUUCCUUGUUCCUUCAAAACGAACUUAAGGAAAACUGUUUAACUAUAUUAAAAUUUUGAUUAUUCGGACUGAUCAGUUAUUUUUGAUAAAUUAAUCAAAUUUCUUCGAUUAAUCGAAUAUUAUUUAUAAGUUUAUAUUUGUUUAAUAUAGUAAUUUCUCUACAUUAUAAUUAAAAUUAUUUGCAUUUUUUUUUCUAAUCAAUUUAUAGUAUCAAUUAUUUGAUCAAUUUCCUUUAUGCUUUACAUACAUAUAUAUUUUAAUCGAUAAAUUAUGUACAGAUACAUAUAUAUUUUUCUUUCAUUAUUUAUAAUCGCUUUCUUGAACCAAUAUUAUAUACUAUAAUAAAAUUAAUGAGAAAUAAGUAAUGUUAAUAAAAAUUAAAACUUCGUUUAUUCGAAGAAAUAUCUAAAAAUUUCUUUAUAAUUUUUCAGUUUAUAGUUGAACUAUAUUAUGAAAUACAAUAACAAAUGAUCAUUCGAAUAAUCAUAAUUUAAAUUUUUUGCACCUUCGAAAAAUUAUCGUAUGUAUAUGUGUAUCUAUCGAAGGAUUGCUAUAAAGAAAGACUCUUUAAGAUCGUCGAUACGAUCAUUGUGAUGUGCUUUUAUAUCAAGUAUGUAAAUGUGCCUAAGAUGAAUGAAUGUGUGUGCAUGAGCUACCUUAUUACUUUCAUUUUCACCCUGCAGCUCUUAAAUAUCUUCCAGAAUGUAUUCUUAUGAUACAUUCAAUACAAUAAAAACAAUCUCAAUAUUAGUCUCAAACUAAUUUUUUUUAUUAUAGAUAUGUAUCUUGGAAAAAAAUUACAAGAUAUUACUUUUUUAAUUUAAAUAAAAACGUAAAAUAUUUAUAUCAAUUUAAUAAAUUUUUACAAUAGAAUUAUAUUCUUUUAAGAAAUGAAUUGUUAUAAAAUAAUAUAUUUGAUAUUAAUAUUGAUAAUUGCUGUAAUAUAUUAAAUCAAUACAAGAAAGAGUAAUUUUUUAUUAUAAAUUAUAAAUUUUAUUAAUAGAUGAUUAAUGAUAUAUCCUUUUUUCAAACUGCCCAAGAUUUUUUUAAAAAUUAUUCAAUGAUGUCUUCCAAAAAUAGAAAUGAUUUAUUUUUCAAAGAACAACGGACUGAAAUUUUGAAUUUGUGUAAUAUUAAUUAUUUUUAUAAUAAUGAAUAUUUACUUCUUCAAAUUUUCAUAAAUAUGUAGCUUAAGGGUGAAAAGAUGAAAGUAAAGGCUUCUCUAUGUUUUUUUUCUCGUUUCUUCUGUUCAUUUGCUCGUUUUAAAAAUUGCGAUGAGAUAGUAUUUAAAUUGGUAUGUCCAUUAAAAAUACCGAAUAAUAAUAUUGAUAGGUUAGGCAACAUUAUGAACAAUACAAAUAAUCUGACUUGUAUGAAAUUAGGCUGGUAGAGAUAUCUAAGGGUCCCUUUAAAAUUUUAGAUUUUUUUUUAUAUCAAUUUUACGCAAAAUAUAAAAUCUUACAAAAUCUUAUUAUGUAAAAUUAACUCAUUGAAAUUAAGUAUGAUUUAUUAAAAUAAGAAAAAGAAACAUUUUUUCAAGAUUAUUAUAAAUUUUAACUUAUUCCAUUAUAUUUAUUUGAUAAAAAUAAUGUUCAUAUAAAAUAAAAUUAAUCUUGAUCUAUCUGUUAUAAAUUUAGUUUAGUAAAAAUAAAUUCAAGAUGUUUUUUUAGGGCCCAUACUUAAAUUGCUAUAACUGUAAAUAAAAAUAAUUUUCUCUAUGUUAAUGAUAAAAAAUCACAGUUCUCAAAUUUUUGUCAAUUAUAUUAACAAAUAAUUUAAAAAGAAAAAAUAAUAUCUUUGUAAAAUUUCUUUUAUAUGAGGAGAUAGAAAACAAAUGAAUUAUAUAAAUUGAAACAUAUUUUGUAUCAAUUAAUUAUUAGUUUUGCUAACAAAUAAAUUAGCAUAAAAAUCUUUCAGUUAUUAAUGUCUCACAAAUGAAAUUAAUGAUAGUAAAAAUUCAAAAAAAUUAAGAGUUUAUAGAAACUGAGCACUCAUUGUCUUAAUUAACUUCAAUCAUUAAUUAUUGUACAGUUUAUGUCGCGCAAAGGUAUUUUCUUUAUUUGAUUGAAAUUACUGUCGUUGAGAUUCUUGUAAAUAUAUUCUGUGAGGUUCUUAAUAAAAUGAUCUAUAGAUGAUCUUUUGGACCCCUGAAAUUGUAUAUAGGUCGUACGUAGAAAUUUGUUCUUUUGUAAUUAAAUGUUUAAAAAAGUAAAAACAUUUUUAAUGAAACGUGUUUUAUCAUAAAAAUAAUGUAAAGGAAAUUGUUUAAACGAUUCUUUCAAUUAGUCAAAGAAUUUUGAAGAGGAAAGAUUUUAAUAAUUUUCAAGAUAUUUUACAUUUAAAUAACUUUCUAACUUUUAUAAAAUAAAAAUAUAAUAAUGAAAUUUAAGAGUGUUAGUUAAUUAAAUCAAUAGUUUAAAAAAAAUUAUAACAUAAAAGAUCGUUUAAAUGGAUUCCUGCUCCAUUUUCCCUGCGAAUUUCAUUUUUUUAUUUUUAUUUUUUUUUUCAACAAAUAGUUGUAAGACGCUAUAAGAGAGCAUCCUAUAUGAUUAUUGAAUGUUAGUCUACUAAUCUUAUAAGUGAAUAUAAAACAAAAUAAAAAAAAAAAAGUAAA